UCUUCCCGCCCUGCUCUUCGCCGGCCGCUCGGUGGCGGGAACCGAAGCGACGGUGGGGACAGCGGCGACUGAUGAAGCAACCAUGCAGGCAUUUUUAAAAGGCACUUCUAUUAGUACUAAGCCACCAUUGAGCAAGGAUCGAGGAGUAGCUGCCACUGCAGGAAGCAGUGGAGAGAACAAGAAAGCCAAACCUGUUCCCUGGGUGGAAAAAUAUCGUCCAAAAUGUGUGGAUGAAGUUGCUUUCCAGGAGGAAGUGGUUGCAGUACUGAAAAAGUCUUUAGAAGGAGCCGAUCUCCCUAAUCUCUUGUUUUAUGGACCACCUGGAACUGGAAAAACAUCCACUAUUUUGGCAGCAGCUAGAGAACUUUUUGGGCCUGAACUUUUUCGAUUAAGAGUUCUUGAGUUAAAUGCAUCCGAUGAACGUGGAAUACAAGUUGUUCGAGAGAAAGUGAAAAACUUUGCACAAUUAACUGUAUCAGGAAGUCGUUCCGAUGGGAAGCCAUGUCCUCCUUUUAAGAUUGUGAUUUUGGACGAAGCAGAUUCUAUGACCUCAGCUGCUCAGGCAGCUUUAAGACGCACCAUGGAAAAAGAGUCUAAAACUACCCGAUUUUGUCUCAUCUGUAACUAUGUUAGUCGAAUAAUUGAACCCCUGACCUCUAGAUGUUCAAAAUUUCGCUUCAAGCCUCUGUCAGAUAAAAUUCAACAGCAGCGAUUAUUAGACAUUGCUGAGAAGGAAAACGUCAAAAUUAGCAGUGAGGGAAUAGCUUAUCUUGUUAAAGUGUCAGAAGGAGAUUUAAGAAAAGCCAUUACAUUUCUUCAAAGUGCUACUCGAUUAACAGGUGGAAAGAUCAUAGAGAAAGUGAUUACAGACAUUGCUGGGGUAAUACCAGCCGAGACAAUUGAUGGGGUAUUUGCUGCGUGUCAAAGUGGCUCUUUUGACAAACUAGAAGCUGUGGUAAAGGAUUUAAUAGAUGAGGGUCAUGCAGCAACUCAACUGGUAAAUCAACUUCAUGAUGUGAUCGUAGAAAAUGAUGACCUUUCUGAUAAACAGAAGUCCAUUAUUACAGAAAAACUUGCUGAAGUUGAUAAAUGCUUAGCGGAUGGUGCUGAUGAACACCUUCAAUUGAUCAGCCUUUGUGCAACCAUCAUGCAGCAGUUAACACAGAAUUGUUAGUGAAUAAAAUGUUGUGG